AUGGUGACCAUCCUCCCCGCAGCCCAGAUUGCCGAGCAUGUUCACACCACAUCCUCGGCGUCCGCGUGUUAUAAUCUUCCCAUGGGGGACCGCUUCAUUCAGCUGGGUCACUGGCGCCUGGCCGCCAUUGACGACAACCACUUCACCAUCUCACAUAAGGAUGGGCAAACGGCGCAGAUCUUCCGCAACGAUGGCACGUUGCAUCCAGGGCCGCGCAGGGACUGGGGCGCCUGGGGCAGGUCCAUCGGGGCGGCGCAGGGCAUCAGCUUCGGCUUCCAGUUCAUCCAGAUCGGGAAGUUUCGCGUGGGAGCUGUGGACGAGGGCCACCUUUCCAUAGCCCACAUCGGCGGCCAAACGGCGCAGAUCUUCCGAAGCGACGGCACGCUGCACCCGGGGCCCAGAACCGCUUGGUCGACCUGGGACCGCCCAGAGUCCGUGCCGGCGGGCAUCACUGCUGGCGACCGCUUCGUGCAGCUGGGAAAGUUCCGCUUGGGCGAUGCCGAUGGCCAUCACUUCCUGGUCACCCACGACAGCGGACAGACGAUCCAGAUUUAUCGAGGCGAUGGCACGCAGCACCCAGGACCCCGUACCGACUGGACCGCGGCAAUCUCCACAAGAAGCCCCAGUGCGUGGACGUGCAAGGACUUGUCCGAGAUGGCGUACGGAGCCUGCGACAAGGGAUGGGCGGGUUUCGGCGAUCGCUUCAUCCAGCUGGGGGAUUGGCGUCUGGCAGCGAUUGAUCACAGACAUUUCUCGAUUUCGCACAAG